AUGUACUACAAUACGGAUCAGUUGAAAGAUGCCUAUAAUAAGAUAUUGAGGAACUCAUCGAGCCAUUCGUCCUGUCAAUUGGUUAUAUUCGUUUCAUGUUUGAACAUAGAUUCAUUAUGUGCUGCUAAAAUACUGUCUUUGUUGUUUAAGAAACAAUUGGUGCAAUUGCAACUUGUGCCGGUGUUUGGUUACAGUGAAUUAAAAUCGCAUUACAAUAAAUUAGAUCUCAAUAUCAACAGUGUUAUAUUCAUAGGUUGUGGUGGCGGUAUUGAUCUGGAAGAGUUUUUGGAAAUAGAUACAGAGGCGUUCGUGAUGGACUCGAGUGAGUCCCCGGAUAUGCUCGCAAGAUACAGCAGAAAUCUAUACGUAUUGGAUACAAAAAGACCAUGGAAUUUAGAAAAUAUAUUUGGUUCUAAAAUGAUAAACUGUUUUGAUGAUGGGACUAUUGACGAGCAGUUGGGCGAACAGAAAGAUGCAUACUAUAAACUUCUAGAGUUGGAUAAUAAUAUAUUACAAGAGGAAGUGGAUAACAAUGGGGAACUGAGCGAAGAUGAAGUAGCGACAGAUAAUGAUGGAGAUGGGAAUGCAAAUGAUAAUAGUAAUAAUAAUGAUGAUGAAAAGGAGACGGACGACGGGGAGCAAAAUGACGAUGAAGAUGAUGAUAUCGGGUUGAGUUUCAAUGCAUCCAAAGAUAUAAGCUCCUUAAGUAAAAAACAAAAAAGAAAAUUAACAAAUGAUCUUUCUUUGGUCCUAGAAGAGUAUUAUUCUCAAGGCACUACUACAGUGAAUUCCUUAUCCAUGCAAAUAUAUUCGUUGCUGUCAGCUUUAGGUGAAACAAACUUGCAAUAUCUAUGGUUAACUAUAUUGGGGGCUACAUCCCUUAAUGUAUCGUAUCCUCAAGUAUACAACAGGCUAUUUCCUAUUUUGAAAGAUGAAGUAAAUAGGUUAUCACUAAACACACAAGAACACUCCAGUUUAAAGAAGACAGCUGAUAAAUUAACGAUUGAUAUCCAACCAGAUUAUUACCUAUUUUUGUUAAGAUACUCAUCAUUAUAUGACAGUUUUUUCUAUUCCAACUAUGUUAAUGCAAAAUUAUCCUUAUGGAACGAAAAUGGUAAAAAGCGUUUACAUAAAAUGUUUGCAAGAAUGGGUAUCCCAUUAAAGACUGCCCAAGAGUCCUGGACCUACAUGGACAACUCUAUUAAAAGACAACUGCGAGAUAUUUUUGACAAAAACCUGGUUCGAUAUGGAUUACAAGAUAUCGUUAAAGAUGGUUUUGUCAGAACAUAUGGUUACCGUGGUUCCAUAAGUGCUAGUGAAUAUGUAGAGGCUAUCACUUCAUUAUUAGAAGUUGGUAGGUCCAUUCAACCAAGUAAGCCUAAAACGUCAGAUGUAACGCCAUACAUGGGUGGUGAAUAUGAUGAUAAUACUAACACUGAUGAUGAAGGUAAUUCACCAGGGCAUAAUAGUAACGUAAGUUCAACUUCAACAAACGAAAAAGUUUGGGUUUCUAAUUUCUGGUUAAGUUGGGAUACCCUAGACGAUCGUAACACACAACUAUUUAAACGUGGUAUCAAACAUUCAAAAAUAUUACAAAAAUCAGUUUUCAAUACCGGUAUAACAAUUCUCGAGAAAAAACUUUUAAAGAAUUUAAGAAUUUAUAGAUUAUGUGUUCUUCAGGAUGGCCCCGAUCUAGAACUAUAUAGCAACCCACUGACCCUGCUGAGAUUAGGAAAUUGGUUAAUCGAAUGCUGUGCUGAAUUAGAGGAUAAACAAUUAUUACCAAUGGUUCUAGCAAGUUUAAACGAGAGUACGGAUACAUAUCUCGUUGCUGGUUUGGCUCCUAGAUAUCCAAGAGGUUUAGAUAAUCUACAAUCGAAAAAACCUUUACUAAACAACUUUACAAUGGCAUUCAGUCAAAUAACAAGAGAUACAGGUGCAAUGAUCAAAAUCGAUAAUUUUGAAAGUUCGAUUAUAGAAAUCCACAGAGAGGAUUUAUCACCUUUCCUUGAGAAGCUAACAUUAAGUGGACUUGUUUAA